AUGGUGGUAGUGGAGGCCGAGGAGGAAGGUGGAAGCGCUUUCGGAAAACGUGUCAGUGUCACGACUGCUGCCUCAAGGGUGCCACGAGUGCUGGUGCCGUGUAUAAAUGCAGGGACGGGCGUCAUCCAGCCACACUUGGGCGCUUCUCGUGUCCUGCAACAGUGGAAGACGCUUGUGACUGUGGCUGUGGUGGCCAUGGCGUAUGUGGCAGCAGCUGGUGGAAGUUAUGGUGGAGGCGGCAGAGGAGGUGGAUUCGGCGGCGGCCGAGGCGGUAGUGGAUAUGGCGGAAGUGGAGGCCGAGGUGGAGGCGGAAGCGUAAACCGUGGAGUUCUAAUCGGCGCCGGUAAGCUGUCUGGAGGUGGCGGUGGAUUCGGAGGUGGAGGAUUCGGAGGCGGCAGCGGAGGUGGUGGAUUCGGUGGCGGUGGAUUCGGAGGCAGCAGCGGAGGUGGUGGAUUCGGUGGCGGUGGAUUCGGAGGCGGCAGGAUCUUGAAGUUUUCGGGAAACGUCCGUGUCACGAAUGCUGCCUCAAGGGUGCCACGAGUACCGGUGUCGUGUAUAAAUGCAGAUUCAGACACCGUCCAGCCACUCUUGGGAGCUUCUCGUCUCCUGCAGCAGUGGAUGACGGUUUCCUGCAUUAUGAAUCGCCUUAUUCUUGUUACUGUGGCUGUGGUGGCCAUGGUAUAUGUGGCAACAGCUGGUGGAAGUUAUGGUGGAGGCGGUAGAGGAGGCGGAGGUGGAGGUGGAUUCGGCGGUAGUGGAAGCAGAGGAGGAUGUGGAUUCGGUGGUCACAGAAGUGGUGGUGGAUAUGGCGGAAGUGGAGGCCGAGGUGGAGGUGGAAGCGUAAGAAGUGGAGUUCUGAUCGGCGCCGGAAAGCUGUCUGGAGGUGGCGGUGGAUUCGGUGGCGGUGGAUUCGGUGGCGGUGGAUUCGGAGGCGGUGGAUUUAGAGGCCGCAGCGGAGGUGGUGGAUUCGGUGGCGGUGGAUUCGGAGGCGGCAGCGGAUUCGGCGGAGGAAGAGCUUUCGGAAAACGUGUCAGUGUCACGGCUGCUGCCUCAAGGGUGCCACGAGUGCCAGUGCCGUGUAUAAAUGCAGGGACGGGCGUCAUCCAGCCACACUUGGGCGCUUCUCGUGUCCUGCAACAGUGGAAGACGCUUGUGACUGUGGCUGUUGUGGCCAUGGCGUAUGUGGCAGCAGCUGGUGGAAGUUAUGGUGGAGGCGAAAAGAAGAAGGGAAAAGGCAAAACCGUGAGAGUCAUAACACGCCUCGCCAUGAACCGCGACCAGGGAACGGCGCCAAGGCCGAGGGGCAGCGGAGGCAUCAUUCGGAAAUUUAUGAACCUUGAACACAAAUGUUUUACCAAAUCUGAAACUGAAACUUAUGCUGACGUACUUCCCAAAAAGGCUUUUGGAAAUCGUCCAUGUUACGACUUCUGCCUCAAGGGUGCCAUGAGUGCCAAUGUCGUGCAUAAAUGCAGGAACAGGCGCCAUGCAGCCAUAUUUGGGCACUUCACGUCUCCUGCAGCCCUUGUGACGGUGGCUGUGUUGGCCAUGGCGUAUGUGGCAGCAGCUGGUGGAAGUUAUGGUGGAAUCGGCUUUCGGAAAACGUGUCAGUGUCACGACCACUGCCUCAAGGGUGCCACGAGUGGCGACGCCGUGUAUAAAUGCAGGGACAAGCGCCGUCUGGCCACAUUGGGACUCUUCUUGUCUCUUGCAGCAGUCAUGAACCGCCUUAUUCUUGUGACUGUGGCUGUGGUGGCCAUGGCGUAUGUGGCAGCAGCUGGCGGAAGUUAUGGUGGAGGCGGUAGAGGAGGCGGAGUUGGAGGUGGAUUCGGUGGUGGUGGAAGAGGAGGAGGAGGUGGAUUCGGUGGACACAGCAGUGGAGGUGGAUUUGGCGGCGGAAGAGGCAGUGGUGGAUAUGGUGGAAGUGGAGGCCGAGGUGGAGGCGGAAGCGUAAACCGUGGAGUUCUGAUCGGCGUAGGUAGGCUGUCUGUAGGUGGCGGUGAAUUCGGCGGUGGAGGAUUCGGAGGCGGCAGCGGAGGUGGUGGAUUCGGUGGCGGUGGAUUCGGUGGCGGUGGAUUCGGAGGCAGCAGCGGAGGUUUCGGUGGUAGCGGAUUCGGCGGAGGAAGAGGACGCGGUAGUUACGGAAAAUUUGGAGGAAGUGAAGGUGGAUUUGGGGGCGGCAGAAGCCGUUGUGGAUAUGGCGGAAGUGGAGGCCGAGGUGGGGGCGGAAGUGUAAACCGUGGUGUUUUGAUCGGCGCCAGUAAGCGGUGUGGAGGUGGAGGUGGAUUCGGAGGCGGUGGUUUCGGAGGCAGUUGUGGAAGUAGUGGCUUCGGAGGCGUUGAACGGCUGAAGGCUUGGAAGGCCAGACACAACCCAGCAGGCGAACAGCAUCCACGUGUAAACAAAAAGAAAAUGCCAGUUAUACCCAAGUCGGUGGCCAUCGUGGCUGCCGUCUACGUGGUAGUGGCCAGUGGCAGACCGUCCUAUGGUGGUGGAGGCGGCGGAGGUGGAGGCGGUGGAGGCGGUGGAGGAGGGGGAUAUGGCGGCGGAGGCAGCGGAGGAUCGGUAGAUGCUGGGAUACUUCUCGUACCUCUUCACAUCAAGCAACAUAAGCGAAACUACAUGACCCCAUAUAUCAUGAUCGACAGCCACAAUACCAAUGAACUCUGA